GUCCUGAUGAUCGGCCUGGCCGCCGCCCAGAUCUCCUGGAUCAACAAAGUCCAGCGACUGAAGAACGAAAACGCCCCCAAGAGCCGAAAGUCGCAGAGAAAGGACAGCUACUGGUACCCUGCUUUCAAAGACUUCGACGACGACGAAAACUACUUGUGAGGGGGUCUGUGUCCCCCUAGGGGUACUCUGGAGGACUGCAGUGGGUCUGUGUCCCCCUAGGGGUACUCUGGAGGACUGCAGGUGGUACGUGUCCCCCUAGGGGU